UAAUUCACCUCAAUCAACCCCAUUGACGGAUGAAGUCAUUCGUACACCCAGGACACGGCCCUUCCGAAACGUAUGAAGUCAUUCGUACGCCCAGGACACGGCCUCAGACGGAAGGUUGAGGGGAUGAUGGGUCGGAGGAACUUCAGUCUUCAGGCGAUCAUGCGUUUUCGUAUCGUAGGAGCAGCAAACAGCGGCUUACGCAAACGCACCCUCUGUCUCUAGCCCCCGAACGUCGCGAGUGACGUCACGAGUGCGAGGCAAUUUCGCUGUGACGUCAUCCUUCUGAGCGAAUUUGAAAGCCCAGGAUUCGUGACUCAAAAUUGUGCCGCAAGUGUCAGCACUUGAAACAGGACGGGAUUCUUCACAGUACUUUCUUAGUGGCUCAAUUUCAUUUUAUUUAGGGGAGAGGGGAGGAGAAGAUUGGCCUGAUAGCAGCCAUGGCGUCAGGUUGGGCUGCGAAAGUGGGGAAUGAGGAGGAAGAGUGGAGCGAUCGGGAGGAGGAUAGUGAAGAGGACACUGAGGAGGAAAAUGAGGAGGAAAGUGAGGAAGAAGAUGAGAAGGAACGAGAGGAGGAGAUUGAGGAGGAGAUUGAGGAGGAGAAUGAGGAGGAAAGUGAGGAGGAAAAUGAAGAGGAGGAGAAUGAGGAGGAGGAAAAUGAAGAGGAGGAAUUAGGGAGAGAUGGUGAAGGGAGGGAGCAGCGAGGCCACACAGGGGUGGGAUGCGAUGGGGGGAUUGGGGAGGCGAUGGAGGUGGUUGAGCAAGGGACGCUCGUAGAGGAGGAAAAGGAGGGGGAGGAGGGAGAGGAAGGGGAGGAGGGAGAGGAAGGGGAGGAGGAGGGAGAAGAAGAGGAGGAAGAAGAGGAGGGAGAGGAGGGAGAGGAAGGAGAGGAGGGAGAGGAGGGAGAGGAGGGAGAGGAGGGAGAGGAGGGAGAGGAGGGAGAGGAGGGAGAGGAGGGAGAGGAGGGAGAGGAGGGAGAGGAGGGAGAGGAGGGAGAGGAGGGAGAGGAGGGAGAGGAGGGAGAGGAGGGAGAGGAGGGAGAGGAGGGAGAGGAGGGAGAGGAGGGAGAGGAGGGAGAGGAGGGAGAGGGGGUAGAGGAACGGCAAAAUGAUAUCUCUCAGUCACACAAAGAUCCCUGGGGAAAACUUCAAGCCCCCCCUUCCCACAUACAGAGCUCGCGCACUCUGCUGGCCCUCCGAACCGCGGCGCAGGCGCAAGCAGGGGCGGGGCAGGGGAGAGGUGGGAUGUUGCGCGGACCAGGGGGGCAGUUCCUGUCGUCAACCCCCAAAAAGGCUGCUGAAGGUGCUGAAGGUGCUGGUUUUGCUUGUUUUGCUGGUGUUGCUGGGAAGGUGGAGGGGACAGGCAAGAAGAGUGGUGGAGCAAAGAUUGCUCGCCGCUCGGCCCGCCCUCGUAGUAGUGGCGCUGGGGGUGGUGAUGGUGGUGGCGGUGGGGGUGGUGGUGGUGGCGGUGGUAGUGGCGGUGGGGGUGGUGGGGGUGCUGCUGCUGCUGCAGCUGGCGACAGUGCCACUGCCUCUCCCAGCAGCUUGAAACAGCAGCAGCAGCAGCAGCCGAUGCAGGAAGAGAAGGAGGGGCAAAGGAAUCGCAGAAAGACUGCAACCCCUAAAAGAGGUGGAGCCGCCUCUGCUGCUGCUGCUGCUGGUGCUGCUGGUGGUGCAGCUGGCGCUGCUGCUGCACCCGACACGUCCCUCCCUGCCUUCCGCUUCACAACGAAAUACGAGUGGCGGCACUUGGACUACGGCAACGAUCUCACCGCGCUAACCUCGGACGGGCGGCGGGGACGCAGCGCUGCCCGCGGGCUGGGGUUUCAGGGCGGCAGCAUUCGGCUGCAAGUGGUGCACCGGCAGAUGCUGAGGCGGCUUCUAAGGAGGAUGAUGUUUAGAGGGGAGGUAGAGCAGGCAGCAGGGGUGCUGGCGGCGCUUAUGGAUGCGGAUAAAGACGCUGAGGUCACCAGAAGGGCAGUGGAUGAGCCCAUAUGGCUGGAAUCACAGCAAGCGCUGCUGCUGCUGCGAGAGCUCUGGCGCAUGGGCAGCAGGGGCGGGGGCAGUGGCGUUGGUGGUGGUGGUGGGAGAUACAGCGGCGGUGGCACUGGUGGGGGCAGCAACAGUGAGCGGCGGAGGGCAGAGAGGAGGCGACUGGUAGUGUUCGUGCGGGCGAUAGCACUGAAGCAGGAGGAUGACCGGCGCAAGGGGCAGAUGCUGCUGGAUCUAGCCAAGUGCCAGAUGGAGACCAACGAGUUCGACGCUGCCUUCCAAACGCUGCAGACAGUGGUUAAUCUCCCUCCCUACCGCUCCGACCCCUCCCCUCUGCUCUUCUGCGGCCUCAUCCUGCACUCACACUGGCUCUCCGCCGCCCAGAAGGACAUCUUGCAACUCCCUUCUGGCCAUGCUGAUCACGGUUCAGAUGACAUGGAUAUGGAUGUGGAUAUGGAUGGGUCAUGGAGGGACCAUGGUGCUGCUAGUCCCUCUGCAGCAGCUGCUGCUGAUUGUGAUGAUGCUGAUGGUCAUCGUGCUGACGUGGACUUGCCGGAGCUGGCGCUUUUAACCCAAUUGGAGAGGAGAAAGAGGAGGAGGGAGGGGGAGGAUGGAUCAAGGGGGGGAGGCUUUAGAAAAAGCGGCUCAAGACAGCAACAGGCGGCACAAGAGGUUGAAGAGGAGAGGGGCAAUGAUGAGAGGGAUGACGCGGGGAAUGCAGAGAGUGGCAAGGAGGGCGAGUGGGUGGAUACGGCAUUGAUGCUUUACGGCCCAGAUGAAAAUGACAGCAGCUGUUCCUUCAAUGACGAUACUCUAAAUGGGAAGCCAUAUGAAGCCAUUUCCCCCCUCCGGAUCUCUCCGAAACAUACUCCCCCCUCCGGAGCUCUCUUCACAGUAGAUUGCUCCUUAGAGGAGGCAUGGGAUGCGAGUGUGCAAGAGGCGAGGAGCGGCGCUCUGGCUGCUAGCCUGUUCAAGGCGUUCGGGGAGGCGCAGAAGGUGAUGGCGGGGGGGAGAGAGAGGGGAGGGGAGGACGGGGAGGAUGGGGAGGACGGAGAGGAAGAGGAGGAGGAGGAGGGGGAGGAAGAGGAGGAGGGGGGAGGGGGAGGAGGGGGGAGAGGAGGGAGGGUGAGUGUGAUAGAGGAGACGUUCGCUUGGAGGGUGUGGAGGAAGGGAGGGGGAGGAGGAGGAGGGGAGGGUGAAGCAAGGACAGAGAUGGAGGGGAGUGGGGAGAGUGGUCUGGGACGAGGCAAGGCUGCAAGGAGAAUUGACACGAGAGAGCCUCCAAAAUACGCUGUGCCAUGGACAUACGAUCUCGACCCACUCAUCUGUCCGCUCAUCCUCCCUCCUCCUCCAUCCCCCUCCACCCCAUUCCGACUGCCUCCUCUCUCCCGCCGCUCCCUCGAGCUCUCUCGAGAGGCGGCCUCCUUUCUCAUGCGCACCCUGCAAGCAGAUCCCUUGUGCAUCCCAGCCCUAGUGCCUCUAGUUCAGAUCCUGGUGGCGCAGGGUGGCAGAGGAGUGAGGGUGGCCCUUGCCUUGCUGCACCUCUCGUGCAUGCCUGCUGUCGCACGAUCGAUACAUCCAUUCAGAAUCCGCUCCUUGCUGCUCGAGAGUGUCAAGCCACAGGAGUCCCUCUCAAGCUCGGCCCCCUCCACCUACUCCACCUCCCACUCCCCCUCUGACUCCCUCACUCACUCCCUCACUCUGCUGCAAUGCCAUCUGGAGGUGCUGCGGCUCAUGCCAUCCUGCUCGCAUGCCAUGCGGGGCGUACUCAAGCUGGGGCUGGCAGGCACAUGCAGCCCAACACUUCUGAUGGGCACUCUGGCAGUGCAUUUGGAUGCCCUUGCUGCUAACAGCGGGUCUCUGCCUGCAUGGUGGGGGCUGGCAGGGAGCAUCAAGGCCGUGUGGCUCUCAGCGUUUCCUGGUGAGGCUGGUGGAGCAGCAGCAACAGCAGCAGCAGGAACAGCAGUCGCAGGGGGGGCAACAGCAGCAGCAGGGGUAGGAGGGAGAGAUGGUGCAGGCAGAAGGGAAGCAGCAGCAGCAGCGAGGGAAGUGAGGGCGAGAGAAGCGGUGUUGCGGGUGUGGUGGGAGAGGCGGGAGAGGUGGAAGGGGAUGCACUUUGAUAUUGGGCAUGUGAAGAGACAACUGGCGGCAGUUCAACGGUUACAAGGCAGUAGAAGCAACAGCCUUGCAAAGGAGAGGCUUUUAAAGAGGAUGAAAGCAGUGCUCACAUGGAAGGCCUCAGCUUCCCUCCUCCUGUACGGACCUCAUAGCAACGACACUCACAGUAACAGUAACAACUGUAACCCGUAUGCGUUUGCCGUAGAAGAGGGCAUGCGGAGCUGGCCAGCAUCAUGGCACGAGGAAGUCUAUGGGGAGUACAGAAAUAUUGCUGCAAGCUUGCCAGCCUUACCCUCCUGGCAACCACUAGUGGCAGACGGAUGGAAGAGGCUUGGAUUGGGAGAAACACUGCUUUUAGACAUGUAAAGAGGGUUCGUUUGUAGUAAUAGUUGGGUGGAAGAGGAUUGAACAGGGAGAAACGUUAUCGAAAUAAGUAGUAGUUGAGUUGAAUAGAAGGAUACAGGGGUAUAUAGACUAGGGGUUGUACCCUCUAAGGAACAAUCCAGUAUAGUCUA